UUGAGAGGCGCUAACAUCUUUCCGACAGUAAAGUGACUUCAUAGACUGCGGUUUACAGUGUAGUAAAUAAUUAAAUACAGCGCUUCUAUUCAGCGUAGUUAAAGCUGCGUGAGGUAUUUCAACAGCAAAUAUCGUACCACCUAUUAUUUCCUCCAACCACUAAUAACUAGAUAAAGUGUUGUUAGUCCACAGCUAAUAUCUCUGAGGAUAGGAUGGCGACGACAAUAGCGGGUAGCAGGAAUGUAAGAGAUUUAAGUAAACCAGAUGAAUAUGGUUUUAAAGGAUUGAAAGAAAAUGUACAUAAUGGAAAAACUACCAAUGGUUUUAUGAAAUCAAACGAUCUAAGAAAUGGUGACACUGACUUUGGUAUAUCGGGCGGGGGAGUGCCAAAGAUGGACUGGUCCAAGUACGACACAUUCCCCGGUUCCUUUGAGAAGUGCACGUUGUUGACGGCGGCGCUCACCCACUUGGGUCUGUACAUUCUCAUGUUCCUCGGCUUUGUCAACCAGCUGCUGUUCACGCCGAAGGUUGCCACGGAAAAGAAUAGAGAGGUUUGUACAUGUACACUAUUAGUAUUACGAUUUGCGAAAUCUGCAGCAGUGAGAGAGUUCACGGGCACAGAGCGUCGCUGCAUCAACCUGGGCUCGUACAACUACCUCGGGUUCGCGGGCCACAGCACGCACGACGAGGUGGCCGCCGCCGCGCGACUCUACGGCCUCGCGCUCUGCUCGCCGCGCGCCGAGCUCGGCUCCACGCGCCUGCACCGCCUGCUCGAGGAGACCACCGCCAACUUCCUCGGGGUCGAGGCAGCCAUCGUGGUGGGCAUGGGGUUCGGCACCAACACGCUGGGGCUGCCCGGCCUGCUGGGGCCCGGCAGCCUGGCGCUCAGCGACGAGAAGAACCACGCCUCGCUCAUCAUGGGGCUCCGCCUCGCGCGCGCCACCGUGCGCGUGUUCCGGCACAACGACGUGCGACACCUCGAGCAACUCGCGCGCGCCGCCAUCGCGGAGCGCAAGUGGACCAAGAUCGUCAUUGUGGUGGAAGGCGUGUACAGCAUGGAGGGCACGAUAAUGGAGGGCACGAUAGUGCCGCUGGGCGCGAUGGUGGCGCUGAAGCGUCGGCUGGGGCUGCAGCUGUACCUGGACGAGGCGCACAGCGUGGGCGCGCUGGGCCCGCGCGGCCGCGGCGUCUGCGACCACGCCGGCGUGGCGCCCGCCGACGUCGACGUGCUCAUGGGCACCUUCACCAAGAGCUUCGGGGCCGCCGGCGGCUACAUCGCGGGGUCGGCGAAGCUGAUCAACUGGAUCCGUCAGUACGGGCACGCGCACACGUACGCGCACGCGAUGUCUCCGCCGGUGGCGCAGCAGAUACUGGCCGCCAUGCGCCUCGUGGACGAGGAGGAGGGGCGCCGGCGACUGAGAGCUCUGCGCGAGAACACGCACUACUUCCGCGACCAACUGCGUCGUAUGGGCGUGGUGACGCUGGGCCACCCCGACUCGCCCGUGGUGCCGGUGUUGGUGUACACGUUCAGCAAGAUGGCGGCCACCGUGGAGCGCCUCACGGAGAGCGGCGUGGCCACCGUCGGCGUCGGCUUCCCCGCCACGCCACUCAACAAGGCGCGCAUACGGUUCUGCCUGUCGGCGUCCCACUCGCGCGGACAGUUGGAGCGCUGCGUGGAGGCGAUGGCGCGCGCCGUGCGCGAGCUGGGCCUGGACUACUCGCGCCAGCCGCGCUAGCAAGCCGCCGUCUACUUACUCGUUACUACUUACUAUAUUCUAUAAAUUAUUUUCAUACGUUA